AUGCCGAAAAGUAUAGAAAACAAGUCAGGGAUGGAUCUUAAUUUUUCACGUAAAUCGGAAUAUGAAGCAUGUGACUUUACUCACUUCGGGUAUGGAUGUAAAAAUGUCUGUCACUGCCAGAAUAAUGCAGCCUGCAGUAAUGACACUGGAACGUGUUCGUCAGGUGGAUGUGCAGCGGGCUGGCAGGGAGACGCCUGUGAUAAAGUUUGCUCUCAUGGCUCAUAUGGACAAGGAUGUGCAGACGCCUGUGGUCUCUGCAUGGACAACCAAACAUGUGAUCACGUCACAGGAACAUGCACUUCUGGAUGUGACAUUGGUUAUGAUAAUUCUGACACAUUGUGCAAUACCAGUAUUAACUUGAAACCUGUUAUCCAGAGACAGAUGGAAAAUGUGGGAAUUGACGUUCAAAAGCACGCAUGUGACGCUACGCACUUUGGCUUAGGAUGUAAAACUGUCUGCCACUGCCAGAAUGAUGCAGCCUGCAGAAAUGACAAAGGAACGUGUCCGUCGGGUGGAUGUGCAGCGGGCUGGCAGGGAGACGCUUGUGAUGAAGAAUGCGAUUAUCGUACGUUUGGAUACAACUGUUCGUCGUAUUGCCAUUGUCGUGAUAAUACAAGUUGUGAUGUCAUUUCUGGGAAAUGUGAUGUAGGUCUAUGUGAAUCUGGCUGGCAAGGAUCUAGUUGUGACACAGAAUGCGUUAGUGGCCGGUUUGGACACAACUGCACGUCUAUUUGUCACUGUAAAGAUGGUUUUGCUUGUAACCACGUAACUGGAAUUUGUCCGACAGGAUGUUCAUCAGGAUGGGAAGGUUUUAAUUGUCUACCUGUAG